AAGGUGAAAGGUUAGAGGUGACAAAAAGGCGCGCUUGCUCGAAGUUGUGAAAAUGUGCGAUGUGAAAAGAGAUGAAUUUCUGCAGCUUUUACCAGAAAUCAGGGACAGAAUUCAGGACUGUGACUUUGUUGCCAUUGACACAGAGUUCACGGGACUGUGCCUAUCAGAAGCCUGCCAACCAAGCCUGUUUGACACUCCCCAGGAGAGGUACAGGAAACUCAGACAGACAGUCGGCAGUUUUAUCGUCUGUCAAGUCGGUGUGUCUGUAUUCAAGAAAGAUAUGAAGUACAACAGGUUUGAUGUGUGGUCGUACAACUUCCACCUAUUCCCACAGUCCUUUGCAAACCUGGAUGUCCGGUUCAGCUGUCAGGCAUCCAGUUUUGAGUUUCUUUGCCAGCACAACUUUGAUUUCAACAAGUUUGUAUAUGAAGGUGUUCCAUACCUGGAUCAGGAACAGGAGAAACUCCUAAGGAAACACCUUGACCAGACCAGUUGGCCUGCCUCUGGUGGUAAUCAGCAGGACCAGGUCCAGUUGUGCUGCUCUACAGUGUCCCAGUGGCUCAGUAAUGGAUCAGGGACUGAGUUAAACCUCCCUGCACCUAAAGGCCCUGUUAGGUUCCUGAUCCAUCGUGCUCUAAGGACACGAUUCCCAGAGGUCUGGACAUAUGACACAGCAGACUCACAGAUAAUUGUGAGAAAAGUGAGCCAGGAGAAGAGGAAAGAGGAGGAAGAAAAGGAUGACUUGGCAGACAGAGCUCUGGAGUACAUGUUGGGAUUCACCCAUGUGUUGAGAACCCUGACCCAGGCCAGGAAGCCAGUAGUAGGACACAACAUGCUGAUGGACCUCAUGCUGCUGUAUGGCAAGAUGUACAAACCACUGCCAGAGAAAUAUGCCCAGUUCAAGAGAGACCUCCACCAGCUGUUCCCCUGUAUAUAUGACACCAAACACAUCGCAGCUGAGCUCAAGAAGCCUCUAGCUGAGUUUGGUGUUCUGCAGUCUUCAGUCCUACAGGAUCUCUAUGAUGCUCUCAGCAGCCACAAGGGCAAGUUCAUGGUGCUCCACUCCCCGGCAAUAGUCCCUGCAGCAGAAUGUGACAGAUAUAUAAAUGAGAGCCAUCCCCAUGAAGCAGGCUAUGACUCAUAUAUGGCAGGAUAUGUUUUCAUUCGGAUGGCCCACCUAAUUACUAUGCAAGGGAUCAGUAAGCAGCAGCCGGUUCCCCCUAGGUUCAGGAGGUAUCUGGAGGUUCUGAGGAGGUUUCAGGAUAAAGUCAACGUCAUACGGGCAAGCAUCGACCAUAUAUGUCUGUCAGGAGAAGACCCAGUAUCCAGACGACCACAGUGGCUGUAUGUCACACUGACACAGAGCAGGGCUGCAAGGACUAUCAACUCUGCACAGAUUGCAGAACAGUUCUCGGCGUACGGCUCUGUCGACAUCCAACCUCUGGAUGCAAACCACUUCCUGGUGGCAGCACACAGCUUUUACUGUGCUAAGGACAUCCUCCGAGCCUACCGCAGCCACAAACUCAUUCAUGUGACCUACUAUAACAUGUGGAAACACUCCAGAACUGUGCAGGCUUUGUUAUGGACCAGUAUCGGUGUUUCUGUCCUGGGCAUUGCUUGGACAUUUCUCGGCAAGAACAGCUGA